AUGGUUAUGGCAAAUGUAACCACAAUGUGCGGAUUCCUCCUCAUGGGAUUUUCCAACACUCGUGAGCUGCAGAUCUUACAUGCAUUGCUUUUCUUGCUGAUGUACCUGUCAGCCUUAGCAGGUAACAUCAUCAUUAUUGCCAUCACAACGCUGGACCAACAUCUCCAAUCCCCAAUGUAUUACUUCUUGAAGCACCUUUCCUUCCUGGACCUCGCCUUCAUUUCUGUCACGGUCCCGCAGUCCAUUGACACUUCACUGACAGGCAAUGGCUGUAUUAGCCACGGUCAGUGCAUGCUGCAGGUCUUCUUCUUCACGUCUUUGGCCUGGGCUGAGGUGGCCAUUCUCACAGUCAUGUCUUAUGACCGCUAUGCAGCCAUCUGCCUCCCACUGCACUACGAGGCCAUCAUGGAUCCCAGAGCCUGCGAGUGGGCUGUGAUAGCUGUCUGGCUGAGUGGAGGCACCUCUGGGAUCCUGUACACAGCUGCCACGUUCUCCAUCACCUUCUGUAGGGCCAAAGUCAUCCAUCAGUUCUUCUGUGAUAUCCCCCAGUUGCUGAAGCUCUCCUGCUCCAAUGAUUACCUGGGAGUGAUUGGAGUGGCGGCCUUCAUGACGGUGCUGGCAUUCAUCUGCUUCAUCUCCAUUGCCCACUCCUACAUCCACAUCUUUUCCACAGUUCUAAGAAUUCCCUCUGCCGAGGGCCGCUCCAAAGCCUUCUCCACCUGCCUGCCCCACCUCUUUGUUGUGUCAUUUUUUCUCUCCAUGGGCGUCUUUGAGUUUCUAAAAUCAACUUCAGAUUCUCCAACUGCUUUUGAUAUUAUGAUAUCUCUCUUUUAUACAGUAGUGCCCCCAACACUGAAUCCUAUUAUCUACAGCUUGAGGAAUAAGACCAUGAGGGAAGCUUUAAGAAAAUUACUGUUGGGUGGUGAAUUCACCAAGAAAAAAACAUUUUUGUCCUAUUGUUGA